AUGCCCGAGAUAAGAUGUUUCAGGCUACAGCAUCAUCACUCGCUGCCAUGGGCUCUGCGACAGCUAUAUCGUUUUCGACCAAUGACUGACAUGUCCCCUGUCGCUCAUUUUGACAACAACGAAUCAAGCACUUGUCUACUGGCUUCGUCCGGACAAGAGCAUGGAGAGACAACGACAUCCCUUGGAGCUCUGGCGUCUCAACGUUCCCCAGCGCAGACCUCAGUACUGCUACACCUUCCACGAGAAUUACUAGUUCAAAUCAUGAUCCAUUUGCCGUACAGUUCUCUUUACAUGGUCCACCAAACCUGUGGCAUCUUUCGUCAUCUGCUAGGCGGCUUUGAAUUCAAAUACUUUCGACUAGAAAUGCUGCGAAGCAAUGAGGAAGCGCACUGUAUCACGAAGGCUGGAUUUGACGAGCUAUAUAUUGUCAAAAGGCUGCUCCGCCGCAGAUCCCUGUGCGAUCCUUGCGGCAAGCUCUUCGACUCUGGCGAGCUUGAAGAAAAGCUUAAGGCUCUCUGGAAACCAGUUCUAUGCACUGGAUGCAAGAAACACCAUCCAGGACUUUUAUUUCCUCAAGGUCAGCGAACAGAAAAUCGCUGCGUCGGGCUACUUGGUCACUUUGCAGUUUGCAAACAUCUCAAAAUCUCGGCAAAGUCAAAGUUGAUGCCCUUUGCAAAGAUGGUGAAGCGAGAAGAUGAGUCAAUCACAUGCGGACAUCCUGAUCAUAUUUCAGUCUACGAUAUAAACGGCAAUUCAACAAGCCGCUACAUUCGUGAACCAUUUAUGAGAUAUUCCACUUAUAUCGCAGGUAUGUGUAGCACAUACUUCAGAUCUUUUCCGAUGAUAAAGAUUCAUCGUCAACAAGAUCUCGACAUGAGCAAAUUGAAGUCGCGUUUAUUCAAACAACUUCAGGAUAUGAACGGAGAUGGACUGUGUCUACAUGCAUCCGGUCAACUCGAAUCUAUCGCAUCUUGUAUAACCCUAGACAAAAAUCGUUGUUCUCCAGGUCUGCACAACGGCCAGUUUCACUAUGAAUGCCCUGACUGGAGCUACGGUUGUCAUCAUUGUCAUCAGUGUGGCGCACGAUACUUCUGGUUUUUCGACGACGAUUGUGUUAUAUUUUACGUUUGGAUACCGAUGUGUUAUAAUGGCCCAGACUCCAUGAGCUGGCUCUCAAAUCUCACUUUCGACGCUGAUGAGCACCCUAUUCUCAACAAGGGUACCCAAAAUGUCUUGUGGUGCUCCGAUCCUAGUUGCGGUACAGGCUGCGGAGAACGAUGGUUGUUGAUGAUGGAAAUUUUCAAGAGGCACACGGUGAGCUAUCUUCUUCACGACUGGGAGCUUUCGUUCCGUUACACGACUUGCAUGGAUAGGUUGCCUUUGACACUGGAAUAUCAGAUUCUUCAAGAUGUAGCAUAUUGGUCUCAAUUGAGCUGA